UGACGUCACGCCGCGGGACACAGUUUGGGUCACCAUUACAUCGUUACGCCGCAUGCUUGGCAGUUUGUGUCCAAGGCGGCGACUGCUCUCAUUGGCCAGUGGCGUCGUGACGUCACGCCUUUCCGUUGCCACGGCAGCGCGCGACGCGACCCCCAAGUCGCCCCCCCCCCCCUACCCACCCACCGCUCAAGUAAACCACCGACAUUCGCGUUUUGUAUCGUUUUGCUUGUUAAGUUCACCUUCGUCGACGUUUAGUUUGACAGCCUGGCGCUCUUUUGUAUCGAUAACGCGGGGGGGAGUUACGAAGCGAGCGGCCGUCGUGAAGUUCCCGUUCGGUCACGAACGUGUGUAAAUUUUUUUGUUGUUGUUCGUUGAUUGAUUGUUUAACGCCUCGCCCGUGCGACAUUUAACGCUUGCAUUCGGAGGAUCGCGAGAUCAAUCGCCUCAAUCGUCACCACGAGAUGCUGGCUCACUGUCAGUCCUGCCCUGCCCCGUCAAUGCAUCACCAAUUAAAUGAAAAGCAUCCCAAGGCACACACGUCCGUGGCAAAUGUGGGCAAGGCAGGGAGAAAGGCACAGAACCAUGGGCAAAGGGUGCUGGCCUGCGGCAUUGAGACUGUGGCAGAAGUGCUCUGGACAGGCUGGCAGCCUGGCCGAGAGAACACCAAGAAGAUCUUCCUGAAAAAUGUGCUGUCAAGGGCAGUGAAGCUGACCUACAGGGUUCCUAGCAGCCUGGUGUUCAGCACACUCUACCCGCAGCCCAUAAUCCUCAACUCUGGCACCAGCUACACUCUCCCCAUCAUAUUCAGGCCACUGGAAAAGAGAGAAUAUGAAGAGCGGUUGGAGUUUGAGUCAGUCGAAGGCAGAUUCUGUGUGGUCCUGCGAGCCACGUUGCCUACACACAAGCUCCACCUGCCUGGAUCCCUGACCUUUGGCCACUGUGCCACCUUUCACAAUCAAGAGGUCCAUUUUGACAUGCACAACAGAAGCGAGCUGGAGACUUCGUUUGGCUGGGAGGUGCCACCUCCAUUCUCCAUGGAGCCUGCACAGGGUGUGCUUUCUCCCAAUGCAUCCCUCCGCAUCACAGCCUCCGUUCAUGCCACCGAGGCUGGGCCCUACUACGCCAUGGCCACAUGCCGCUAUGGAGAGGCCCUCUCAUCCAGCAGCGUCGUGGAGCUACAGGCUAUUGCUCAAUACCCACGCCUGGUAGUUAGUGCCGGAGAUACAGACACACAGCACCGCCAAUAUGACUCACAACAAGUGCUGAAUUUUGGCAAUGUGGAAGCAGGUGCCAUCUCUGAAAAGUGGCUCCACAUCCAGAAUCUCUCCUCAGUGAAGGCAUCAUUCCAGGUUGAGAUUACCACUCCGAACCCACAAAGGAGAAACCUGUUUGGUUGCCGAAUUCAGCAGGGAUGGGUCAAUCCCCAGGGCUCGGCACGUGUGCCCGUGCGGUUCAGCCCAGUCACGGUUGGUUGCUGCACCACCCAAUACCUUCACGUGGUCAUGGCUGGCAACUUGCCCAAGUGCAUUGUCAAGCUCACAGGAAGCUGCCAAGGCCCAAGUGUCACAAUGAGCGAAACACUGCUGGUGUUCGACCGCUUGCUUGUUGGCGAGGUGGGCGUGCGAACGCUGGAACUUCGCAAUUCUUCGGCUGUGCCUGCCAUCUUCCAGUUUGCACUGGACACGGAGAGCAGUGUUUUUGGCUUGGAGCGAGUUUGUGGCGAGCUGCCACCUCAUGCCACUGUGCAGCUUCGUGUCACAUUCACACCCCAGCACCCCAUCAACUACUAUCGGCGUGUGGCCUGUCUAGUGCACCAGCAGGCUCCUGUGUACGUGGAGCUGUUAGGAGCAGGCAGCACGGUGGAGACGACUCCGGCGGUGCUGCGUGGCGAACAUGUGCAGCGAUGUCACACCAAUGCGCGGCGUGGCCUGACCCUGCAGUCACCGGCUACCCUUCUCUCCAUGCUGCACAACAAGAAGCUCUGCCUGGACCCCACUGAUGGGUCGCUUAUCCCUUCCCAGGAAGAGGUGGAGAAGCAGGAACCAACUACAGUCGCACCCAGCAAUGCUGUUUUUGAACACCGGGUUGAUGUACGAUCCGAAUUGUGCUGGGACGAGGCACUUCCUCCCACUCAUGUCAGCCUCAGUGCUAGCAUGCUGGACUUCAGCGCUUUUGUGCGUGAUGGCGAGAAGGCUGCGGCUCUUGCCCUGUCCCUGCGAAACCACACGCACGGCGCUGUCUGCGUGGUGUGGACAGCCUCAGCUGGUGGGGAGUUCCACGUGGAGCCAGCUGAAUGUGAAGUGCCACCCCUCAAGACGAUAGCGCUCAGAGUCACAUUCCGCCCUCGACGCAGGAACACGCUGCACUAUGCUGAGCUGGAAGCCUGCGCUUUCUACAAGAGCAUGAAAGACUUUCGCCUGGUGGAGGAGCCUACAAUGUGCCUACCUUGGUGCCUUACCCUGGCUGUGAGCACACACACGUUUCAGCCAGGACAGCAGCCCUUCCCGCCCACCUGCAACUUGUCCACUGCCCAUGUAGAAUUCCCAGCAGUGACGGCUGGAAAAAGUACCCACACCACUGCUGUGCUUACAAACACGGGGGACACACCAAUGUUCUUCAGCCUACCGGUGGGUGCCUGCCCAGCUAGUGGGAAACCAAACCCUGGCACCUCAACCCUGGGGCAGCCCAGUCUGGCCCAGGGAAAAGGGGAAAGCAGGUCUCAGGAGCGACUUAAUGGUGCCAUCGGAUCCAGAGGACCUGAGGGGGUGGGACUGGUGGUGAGACCCAGUCAGGGGUUGGUGCCCCCUGGAGGGAAGCAGGUGGUUUUGCUUCGGGCCUCCUCCAGCGCUCCGGGACUCUAUUGCCAAGUGUUGCCUAUUCUUCUCAAUUACUGUGGUCAAUAUACAAAGAAUAUGGAGGUGUCGUGGCUGGUGGACCGGCCACAAGUGCAGCUUGAAGGCAACGGGAGGCUGUUUUUUAAGCCUACAUGUAUAGGGACCAUGUCACAGCGCUCACAUACCAUUCACAACUGCUGCCAGCUGCCCCUGUGCUUUCAGUGGAACGUUACAGGCAGUGGCACAUUGAGUGUCUCACCUGCACAUGGCAUCAUUCAGCCAAAUGAGAGUGUGUCGCAGGUGUGGAGUUUUUCCCCACUGGAGGACAAAAAGUAUGUUUUGAAACCCAGUCUCCUUGUAUGGCUGGCAUCAAGUCAGCACGGGGGGCAGCUAGACCCAGUGCAGAGCCAUCAGCAGGGAGACAAGGAGGAAACGUCGAGCAGCAAAACCCGCCUAUCCCUGCGUGUCAUUGGCGAGGGAGCCAUUGGCAACAUCAGGGCUAUGGAGAGUGACGUGAACCUCGGUGUGGUAGUGGUUGGCACGGCUGCCUUGGGGCACCUGACGCUGGUCAAUGAUAGCAACUGUGACCUCAGUUUCACCCUGAGCGUGGAGCAGCACCAGCUGCAGGCAUGUAAUCCUGACAAGGUCAUGAUGACACACACCGCAUUGGAGCUAAAUGAAUAUGAAAGCAUCAUUCCAGCUCGCUGUUCGAAGCAAGUGCAGGCUAUGGCAAGGCCUACUUGCAGCGGACGUUACCACUGGACCGUUAGCUAUCGGCUGGUCACCCGGCAUGCUGGCUUGGCGUUGGGUGUGAGCAAGCUGUGCCGUGUGACAGCCGAAGGCGCCCACCCGACUCUCUCGGUGCUGAACGUGCGCGGCUCAGGCAGUGCAGCCGGCCUUAGCAAGAUGCAACUAUGGACCAUGAUGAACCUGUGGCAGCUCAACUUUUACCUUGACUUGGAGCCACCCUACGAGGACGCACCUGACAGCGGGAGGCAGCGUGUUGUCCUGCCCUGCCGCACCCCUCCUCCACUGCAGUUUGACCUGGGAUCAGCCUCGGCUGGUGCGGAGCCCUCUGUCAUACACUUGCUCCUGCAAAACCCUGGUCUGGUGGAGGCUCACUGGGCGGUGGUGUUCCCUAAUGAGAACUCCCUGGAAUUGGAGGUGUGGGCAGAGCACAUGGACUUGGACGCUCGUGAACUCCGCAUUGCACGUCUCCAGAGAGACCAGACAUUCACUGUGUUCCCUCGCGGAGGCCAACUACAGCCAGGGGCUAAGCAAAUUGUCACAGUCACCUACAGGCAUGAGUUUCCAGCAUCAGACUGGCUGAUGGUGGUGUUCAGAGUCACUCAUGGCAGGAGCAUACCUCUUAACCUGGUGGGAGUGACAGUUCCUUCUGAUCUACACUACAUCCAUUACCCAUCCCACCAGCAUACAUUACUGCCUGUGGCUUUGAGAUGCCAAACCCCACCCAUACAGGUGUUUGACCUGUAUAAUGGUGGAGCGAUGCCCGUGAGCUUCUUGGUGCAGCAGGACUCCCUGCGAGUGGUCUGUGACGAGAGCUACUCGCACAGCGUUCUGGAGUGUCUCACCCCUGAGGGGAACAUCGCGCCCGGGGAAACUGCACACACCCUCUGGCUGUUCUCUCCCUUAGAGGCCAAAACAUACACGGUGGACGUGCCGAUACACGUCCUGCAUGGAGAGUCGUCACUGGUCACAUUCCGCGGUGUGGGAUUUGACGAGCAGCAGACGGACAACACUCACCUUAACUGGGUGCACUCGUUGACCCAGCUGCUACCAUCUGCUGCACCCUUCCCACACUUACCCUUACAGCUGUCACACCUGUCUGUGGAGCAGCUUAGCUUUGGGGAGCUGCCUGUGUACAGCAAGUCCACCCGAAUUGUAUUCCUGAGCAAUACAUCCAAGGAUAGGGCAGUGUUCUUCAUCUGGCGUAAUCCUGCACACGUGGACACUGAGCAGGUGCUGAACUUAGAUCCCAAGGAAGGGAUGCUGCACCCAGGUGGAAGUGUGCUCUGCAAGCUCACUCUCAGAGCCCUUGGUCAACCUAUUUUAUAUGAUCUCGACCUUGUAUGCGAGGUAAUUGACAUGAUGGAGUUCCAGGCAUUUACAUCACAACAGGCUGAGAGAGACGCUGAGCAUAAGCGGCAGGAGGUCGAGUUUACCAUUACUGAGCACGACCUUCUUCCACCGGCUGCUCCAACAUCCAGAGCCUCCCAGGCUCCAGAGAAGUUGGCAAACCAUCAAUCACCAGUGUUGAGUGGCUCCAGUAAGCAUCUGAACAAGUACAAGGCACUGCCUCCAAUUGGUGCAGAGGAGAACGGGGAGAACUCGGGCACCAGGAGCCAGCGGCGUCAGAGGAGAAGCUAUCGGAAGGAGCGCGAGGAAAUUACCCAGCCAGAGCUUCCCAAGCCCCAGCUUUUACACCUGGGUGUGUCGAUCCGGACCCACUCGAUCCAAUCCUUCGAAGCACAAUUCUCACAGCUCAUGCCUGCUGUACACAUAUCGAGGAUUUCUGACAGUAGUGGUUGCUUGCGCCAUCCUGCAGCCAAAGACGAGGGUUGUCACAUGAAGGAUGGAGCGAAAUGCCACAUAAACGAUGACGUGCGUGCCUUCAGCCCCCUUACAGAUGAGCAGAGAGAGCUUCUGCCUCAAGUGCUGUCCAACCUGCUCAAAAGCUUGAUGGAUGAUAAGAGCUUCCACCAGGCUCUGGCACAUCUGGAGAAGGAGCCAGUGCCAUUCUACAGACAGUUCAGCAUUAGGGAUGAGACACAACAGCAGAUUGCUCAGGAACACACAGACGUCUCCAGUGAAGAAAACAUAAGCGGGAUGGAUGCGACUGAGAUCCGUCCUCCCAGCGCUAACCCUGAGCUGACAGCAUCUGCACCGGUCAAUGAUAACAACUGGAACAAAUAUGAGAUGGAGAGCAAUGUAUUUGUAAGAAGGGAGAAGAUUACACUGCAGCAGCCAUAUGAAAAGGAGGUCUUGUGGAAGGAUCAACUAAAAAGAUUGCCAGAGUUGAGUAACCUGUUGGAGUUAGUCCUGGAGAACACCCUUGCCAACAUCAUGACGGAGGCGAGCAAUGGAGAGGUGAUACUCACCUCACACCCACGAUUCAUUGCCCUGCCGCCACCACCCCCACCUGCCUUGCCCAGCCUCUGCCAGCACAUGAUUUUGGCAUCGACCGAGCGGCACACACAGACUCCACGAAGCGGCACAGGGGCCUCCCUCUCUUCCAAGGAGCUCCUGAGCAUCAGCCCAGCUGGCAGCAAGCUCACGCAGCACAGCCUCAACGCAGCCGACUAGGGCAGCUGUGCUGUCCAGAGGGGAGUGGUGCGGCCGAAAAAACACAGAGCUGGCUGCUUACCAGGCGUGUCUGUAUUCACAGACAUGCUUUAGUGCCGGUGUACUUACUUGUGUGUACCACAAUGGCCAAAGGAGCAGCUCAAGUUAAAGUGUCCCCUUGCCUGGAUGAGGAGGGGGAGACAUCAGUUCAAAUGAGCAGGGAGACACAAGUUAUUCUAUUUGGAGUUGGCUCAGUCCACCAUUUAUUGGGGGUUAACAUAAUUAGUACAUAUUUGUGGAUUCAACAGUGGUCAUUUUGAUUUAGCACCAUGAGCACAGAGCUACGACUGGAGAUGAACACUUCCCAGUUGUUCGUUUGAGUAAGGAGACACUUCUACUUUGACUACUGAUUUGUGGCUUUAUUCCCAUAUCAAUACUUGAUAUUGCAUUGAGUGGUUGACCUGUAACAGUACUUGUCAUUUGAUGACAUUCAAGCAGCUUGUUCUUAAUGGCAAGAAUUAAAUAUCUUACCUAUAUAGCACAUGAGUGUCAUGUGAGUUUACCAUAUCCUGGUUGAAAUGUAAUUAAAAAAUAGUUAACUUAUGUAGCAAAUAUAGAAGAAUACAUUUUGCAAACCAAUUCAUUAGUUAGAGUUGUUGAUUUUGUCAUUGUUGUGAAAUAUUUUGCAAUAAAUUUUUGGAGAUUUAUACGAGAAAAAGAAGAAAAACGUGAUUAUUCAUACAUUUUUUUGUGAUUGUGAAUAUAGUACUAUUAAAAAUGUUGUUUAACUUACGAUUACCCCUCGACCACCCAAACUCACAAUACUUGUCCUUAUGAGGUCAUAUGGACAACACAGGGAUCUUCAUGUGAAUGUGUUAUAAAUAAUCUCCAACUCGUAACAUCAUUGUGAUUGAGAGUAACCACACAUAGUACGACAGUGUUUAUAAAAAGAAGACUUGAGUCUCAGCUUUCCUGGAUAAAUAACAUCAUUAGCAGCAGACAGCAUUGGCAGAAACAGAAUCAUAUAAUGCAGCAGCAGCAGUAGCAUCAGUGAUGCACACCUGUGGUCCAGUGAAUUGGAGGCAAGGGUUGGUGAAUCACGCAGAGAUGCGCAACUCCCGAACCCAUUGGGCUCGAGGUGUCCAGAUAGCAGUACAGCAAGUCGGUUCGUGUACCCUUCCGUGUAGAGCUUUGAGUGUCAUCUUGUAUUGUUGAUUUUUCCCACAGCCACAAACACACAUGCCUGGAAAAAUAAUUGACAAUAUUGAAGCACUUAUACAAGUACAUUUAUUUUAUCAUUGAUUCAAUGUAAGGUGUUGUAUUAUUUAAUGAAAUAAUUACAUACUAAUUUAUUAAAUAAUACAGAUAUUUCACUCGCAUAUUUUAAUAGUUCAGUAAAAAAAAAUCAUAAACGAUUCAAAUACUUUCUAAUAUAAAUAGUUCAGAUGAAUGUGGCAUUUAUUGGCUUCGGUCAGAACGUUCCAAAGAAGCUGUAAGGGGUCACGUUACCUCUAAACGGUGUUUACUGGUGUCAUACUUAUUACAUAUGGAUCGUAACAUUCAUGCCAAGUGUGCCUACAUGACAAUUGUGUACUCUCGUCUGUAUCUCGGUGUUCCAAAUAUAAAAUGGGCAGCACUCAUCUCCUUUGGCAGUGCUAACAAUUGCGAUUGGGGGGGGGGCAUUCCCCCCAUAUCAAUACAAUCUUUAUUUUACAUGCCAAUAUCGUCCUCAAUAAAAAUGAGCAUCGGUGCACAUUACAACGGGAACGGUAGAGGGGGCAUAGAGCAACAGGAAUGAAAAGAGAAACUUGUCACGCCCUGAGCGGCUAACACCGACUGAGCAAGGUAAAGUGCAACCGUGCGCAACGAAUAGCAUAAGGUAAGAAAUGUAGUAAAUACAAAUACAUAAAAUAUGAAAUUCUCUUGACAUUUUCCAAAGUGGUACUCAACUAUUUUUCAGCUUAUUUAUUUUGGUAUAGCCCUGUGAGCCA